CGUACUGAGUACACGAUUAUUCGCGUGUUAUAACCGAUAUGUGUUUGUCAUCAUGUUUCCGCCGCCGCUGGUUAUACAUAUAUUUGUUCUAUGCCGAAAUUCUCCGCUUCCACAAGUUCUUAAACUAUAUUUAAUCGUCAAAAUUGCAGAGAUGUUUUGCCCGUUCAGCUCCGGUGCUCCGCCAAGAGCCAACGUAACACAGACUGAACAACAACCACCUUUGAAUCUGAAGCAUCUUAGCGAAGCUGUCAGAACUCUUACUUCGCCACCGAACGAUGUGAUUUAUUCGGCUUUCAAGUCCAUAGUCGAACAAACCGAAUGUCCGGCGUAUAGUAAAAUACUGGACGAGCUACCACAAGACUAUUCAAGUGGUGAUAUUAAGUUAUUGGAUAUUUUGUAUGAUUCUGCACAAAUCGUAUUUGGUGACGGUGCCAAAGUAAUCGAAACCGUGGGCGCGACGCUCAUACAAGAAUGCCACGACGACCGGCAAAUUCGAGCGCUGAAGAGUUUGGGCGGCAAUCUGUACCAUUUCUUGACCACAUUAGAUGGUGUGCACGACGUCCUACAAAUGGGCGAUGACAAGGAGGCCAGCUCGGAUUUAACGUGCCGGCCAGGCGAUGAGCCAGGUGUGUUGGACUUGACCCUUCGGACUAGUAGACCAGAUGGAAAGCGUGUGGCCCACCUGUUGACCGGCACACUGUCCGGUGUCGCAACCAGGUUCUACGGGUCACGACCAGAUAUCCGACUUGGCAUGCACCCAAGUGACCCGUCAUUAUAUAGGUACACAAUAAAGACCACAGUUGACACUGAAGACGUUAAAGACUCUGCUCCAUUUUUGUCACAUCGAGCCAACGACCUAAAAAUGGGUGUAACGAGCUUCUGUAAGGCUUUUCCGUGGCACUUGGUGUUAGAUAAACGACUAGAGUUCGUACAAUUAGGCUCAGGGUUCAUGAAACUUUUCGGAAAAUGUCUACAACAAUUCGGUCGAUCGAUUCACACGUAUUUCAAGAUCAGAAGACCGAAAAACGUUCGUCUCUCGUUCGACGGUAUCGUGAACAGGGCAAACUCGCCGUUCGUGUUGACGCUGUGCCUGCCCGAGCCGCUUAAUCAUAAUUCUGCUGAGGGUUUGGAGUUCAAAGGACAAAUGGUUUUGUGCAACGAGUCUGGAUCGUUACUGUACGUCGGUUCGCCAUUGCUAGACGGACUGGACAGUCUGACCAGCAGAAGCCUGUUCAUUUCAGACAUACCAUUACACGACGCCACCAGAGACGUGAUAUUAAUUGGCGAGCAAGCUAGGGCUCAGGAUGGGCUUCGGAGAAGAAUGGACAAGUUGAAGAGUUCGAUCGAAGAAGCCAAUUUGGCCGUCGAUAAAGAGAGAGAGAAGAACGUCAGUCUUUUGCACACAAUUUUUCCACCAAAUAUCGCCAAAAGGCUUUGGCUCGGAGAGACCAUCGAAGCCAAAACGCACGACGAGGUUACCAUGUUGUUCAGCGAUAUUGUCGGCUUCACGUCCAUCUGCAGCACCGCUACGCCGUUCAUGGUCGUCAACAUGUUGGAGUCCUUGUACAACAAGUUUGACGCUUACUGCGGACAUUUGGACAUAUACAAGGUAGAGACAAUUGGCGAUGCCUACUGCGUGGCUUCGGGCUUACACAAGUUCAGUUCGAUACACGCUCAGCAAAUCGCAUGGAUGGCUCUGAAGAUGAUCGAAACGUGUAAAACUCAUCACACACACGACGGGAAACCGAUCAGAAUGCGGAUCGGAUUGCACACCGGAUCGAUAUUGGCCGGCGUGGUGGGCGUAAAAAUGCCGAGAUAUUGUUUGUUCGGCCACAACGUGACAAUCGCCAACAAGUUCGAGUCUGGUAGCGAACCGCUCCGGAUAAACGUCAGUCCGACUACUCACCAACUGCUGAUGAAGACCCCCGGGUUCUCGUUCGAGGAGAGGAGCCGGUCGUGUCUGCCCGUCGGAUUCCCCGAGCACAUACCGGGCACGUGCCAUUUCCUGUUGUCGUACGCGCACCCCGACUUGUCGCCCGACGACGCCACCGACUUGGACGCUCACGUCACCGCCGGCUUGCGACAGCUCACCUUGGACAGCUGAACAGUUCCACCACCACCACCUACACAGCCGUCACCGUUUCCUCGUAGAUGAUUACACUAUUACACGCGCACCGGCGGAACGACGUCGAUUCUUAUGAAAUUAUAUUAUAUUAUUGUAAUUUUUUGUGUUUUGUGUUUUUUUUUUUUUUUUUUUUUUGUUGUUGCCCACCCGUAGAAUUGCACUCACCAUAAUAUUAUGCCGAUGCGAGGAAAAACGUAAAAAAAGAAAGACAAAAAAAAAUAUUUUUGUUUGAUUAUUAUAUAAUAUCACAAUAAUAUGUGUAUCAUAGCUGUAGAGUUCAGCCCUCUCUCUCUCUCUCAUAUAUUAUAUUAUAUGUAUAUGUAUAUGUAUAUAUAUAUAUAUAUGUUAUUACGAUAUAUAAUAUCCUUAUCCUGUCAUCCCGCCAGUCGGAUCAACACCGCCGGUUAAAAGCACUCGAUUCGUGCAUCACGAUUCCUACACACACCUCGCUCACCUGAAUAUAAUAUAUUAUAAUUACUGUGACAUCGCCCGUCGCCGACGGUUAAAAUCACGUAAGAUGUACGUUAUUGUUUGUACAGUUAAAUUAUUCUCUCGCCUAAAAUAUUUAUAUAAACGUAAUAUUAUGUGAUCAAAAGCACAACAAUUAAAAUAUAAUCUCCGACAGCGGUGAUGUUAUUAUUUCUUUUAAAUUUCUCCGUUUAUCUCUAUAUAAUAUACGCAUUAUAUAUAUUGAACGCAAUAUAAAAAAGUCUUUUGAGCGUGGUCUCUUUUUCCGUAUUUACCGGCGGCGCAAUAUCCACUGCGUCUGCGACGAUAGACAUUAAUUUUUUUUUUCUUAUGUAUAAAAUAGAAUAAUAAUAAUUAUUAUUAUUAUAUAAAACGGUUCCGCGAUAUAAUAAUACAAAGAAUCGGGGGAAAAAAACCAUUUUAACGAAUGCAAGCGAUAAUUUUAUUCUAUAUAAUCGUUUUGGAAAAUACGGCCCAGUGAGACUGGUGGUAUUAAAUACCCUGUAUAUCCGUACGCUUUGUUCCACAGUAUGGCGGGCAAAAAAUUACUGAUUUUAGAAUUUAAAAAAAAAUCGUUUAAAUAUUUCUGAAACUUAAAGGAUUGAGAAAAAAAAUCAGUCUCCUCUAAUAUUAUUCUCUAACAAAUCUCUUGAGAAAUGAAAUUUUUAAAAGAAUAAACAAAAAACGAAUAUAAUAAUAAUAUUAUUAUAAUAUGAUCAAAGUAGACCAAGACCAAUUUUUUGUAAUUAUUAUAGCAUAAAAGAAAAAAAUACCUUUAACUAAUGAAUGGCGCCAAAUAAUGAUGUUUAUUAAUUCAGUAAAUUCAAAAGAACUUAAUCUGAAAUUUCAAUAACAACAUUGAACCUUAUUUUAAUCAAUAAUAUUAAAUUCGUAGUCUUAUUAAAAUUAUUUUUAAUUUUGUUUUAAUUAAAACAACUUCUGCGAUCAAACGCUUUUAUGACAAAUCAAUCAGUACAAUUAUAAAUCAACAAAUAUAAAAAAAAAUAUGAGCACGAUAAAAAAAAAACAAAGCAUUAAUUUUUUUUUUUUAAACCAUUUAAAAAUUAUAAAA